UCAUUCUGUUCUUUUCAAUUUUAGGCAAACCUGGCAUUCUGAACGUGAUAGCAAACCUGUGAUCCCACGGCUUAAUUGUGUCAAGGAUGAUUGUAACAUUUGCGGUAGCAAAGGCAUUAUUUGCCAUUUUCAUUAUUUCUGCCAUUCCUGGCCGCGCUAAAGAAGAGAAGACUGCUGAGGAACGACGAGAUGCGCAGAAGGCUGUCAAAUAUCCGCCUUGCAAAGCAUGUAAUCACUUGGUGGAAUCGUACCAACGCGGUAUCGAGCGAACCUCGAGAGGGAAGUUUGAAGGCGGAGACACGGCUUGGGAAGAAAAAAAGCAGGGAAGCUAUGCCAGAAGCGAAGUGCGUUUGAUAGAGAUUCAAGAGGAGCUUUGUCACGAGACUUCGACUGCGCAAUACCAAUGUACCCAGCUCGCUUCGGACAAUGAACACUUGUUGGAGGACUGGUGGCGCGAGAAAGGACCAGACGCUAAGAGUGACGAACUGCAGAAAUGGCUUUGUGUGGAUCAGCUGAAAGUCUGUUGUCCGCGUGAUCAUUAUGGUUCCGAAUGUCUGCCUUGUCCGGGAUUAUCGGAAGGUAUUCCCUGUAGUGGCAAUGGAGUUUGCAAGGGAUCUGGAACUCGUAAGGGCAGCGGGAAAUGUGAUUGUACGCGAGGAUAUGUCGGUGACGUGUGUCGGGACUGUGCGUCGACACAUUUCCAGUCAUAUGCGGAUGAUGCAAAGGUGCUUUGUUCCCCCUGCCACCAGAGUUGCAUAGCAGGGCAGGAAGAUUCUAAGGUGUGCACGGGUCCCGGUCCUAAGAACUGCGCCAGUUGCGGCCCGGGUUGGGUUGCGGACGUGGAGCGGGGUUGCGUGGAUGUGGACGAAUGCUUGUCCGGAGAAGACGUCUGUAAAGGGAACACGUUCUGCGCUAACGUGGAAGGAUCUUUCUCUUGUCUCGAAUGUGAUCCAUCCUGCGAUGGAUGCACCGGAGAUGGUCCUGAUUUGUGCAAAACUUGCAAUCCGGAUUAUACAAACGAGAACGGUGUUUGUCUUGAUAAACGGAAAAGCAAAGAGGAUAUGCACUUGACGACGAGUCGUUACGUGACCUAUCUGGGUCUCUGUGUUGCUACAUUCAUCAUAUUUCAGCGCAACGUAUUCGUGGCUGGUCUUGUAGGUAUAUUGGUCGCGGUUUAUGUUUCCGUGUCCGAGUACUGGUUGAGAAAUGUGGGGUCGCAUGGCCCCUUCGAGAUCCUGUGUUCCGUGGCUCUAUUCCAGUCCGAGGUGAGAGUGUUCAGAGAGGAGGUUGAGAGCCAUAUUUUUGUGCGACAUCAUGAACGAAUAGCGAGAGAAAAAGAAUUCGUUAAUCGUCGAAGGGCUCGCAGACUUGGUCAGAAAGUUUUGCUCGAAUUCCCUGGGCAGAGGCGGACCCGCCACCAGCUCUCUGCAUAUCCAAUGACUGUUCAUGAUCUCAUUCCGGAUCGUUGCGAAUUUUCUCAUGUUCCGGUCAACCGGGUCAAUUGGUUGACGAACAUACCUCGUAUCGACGACCCCCGGAUGCAGGAUGACGACACCCGAUACAGAGCUUAUUCUGCUAUGAUCUUGUUUCCCGCUGAGGAGAACCCGCCCCGUUUGUGCCUUCUGGCGGCGUACCAGAUCAUGGCUCGUGAUGUCCCGUUAGCCCCGGGAACGGGCGAGGAACUGAGGAAAAUGCCGAGGGCAUUUGAGUGGUACAAAUUUGAUGGAAUGACCUACGAGCAAGUGCCGGGCCAACCUCAGGUCCCAAUUACAGCUGAUAACUUCUUCGAUUUCCUGGGCUCUGGAAACACAGAUGGUUUCUUGGACAGAAUGACUAGGAAAAAAAACUUCAUAGAUGCGGCUAUCAGGGAAUUUGCAGUGGUCGCCUUUUGCCGUGGCACAAUCAGACAAACGCGUCUUGAUAAUUUGUUCUGUAUCUUCGGGGAUUAUGCCGGGCCAUCUGUCUCAAAAAUUCGAAAUCAGCACAAGGCGACGUUCGCGAACGUCGUUAGUGCCGAGUUCUACUUAAAUCUUUCCCGUGCAACUCCGCUGCCUUAUCAAUUUCCGACCGAGUUGCGAAAAGUGUAUUCGCAGUCACAGUUCACGCGGAUGAAUAACAUAAGGAUGAUAGCAGAGACUCAUGAUGCCUACAAACUUGCUCCUUGGCACUUACUCUAUGCAGCAUUUUACCAAGAGUCCCAGGAAUUGAUGAGUACCAUGAAGAAGCUUAAUGAUCACGGCGAGAUCGGACCGUUUCUGGGGUAUGGACCGGAUAUCGAGAUAAUCAAGGUCACGAACUUCCCACACAUUGCAUACGCCUGCGCUUCGAUCUAUGGAGGCGUAGCAUGGCGCCAAUGCGCGGAGGAAUGGCUCGUUAACUCAUCAACCGUCGAAAGGGCCGAAGUAUGUCGCUGGAUUUAUGGCAUCGAUAAGCUAGUCUUCAAAAGAGAAAUCAGUUACUCGCAUCCGAAAUGCGGGGCAGAACUGAUCUCUGCAUGCUCAUCGUUUAUCAAUGGGCAGAUGCGUGAGCACUUUUCUUCCGAGGCGGAAAAAAAUUAA